AUUUUCUCGAUGGAGUCGGGGAAUUUAUUGAAUUCGCACUUGAACAUCCGGCUUAUAUGAGUGGUGAUAAAAUAAGAUGUCCAUGUUCAAAGUGUAAAAAUCUCAAAUUUAAAGACCCACACGAAGUUGGGUAUGAUUUGUACGCGGUCGGUUUUGUUCCCAAUUAUUAUAAUUGGACUUCUCACGGCGAACCUUUGGAUCCAUCUGUUAUACCACAAACGGUAGGUUCGUCUCGUUACGUCCCUCCAGAGAUGAGUGGGUGGGGAGACCGGGCUGAAAUGAGGUGGGAACAAGAAAUGGUAUAUGACGCAUACGGUGUACCGAUGUCUCAGUUCAACCCCUCACAACCAUCUAACGACCCCUCUGAAGCCUCGACCUCGUAUCAACCAGAUGCGGAUGAAAAUCCGUCAUUUUAUCAACCUUAUGUGGAUGAAGGUUUGGCUGAGAGAUUUCAGGAUGUUCUAAAAGCUGCCGACCAACCUGUGUAUGCUGAUUGUGAGGGAUACACUCAGCUAUCCGCCGUUACAGAGUUUAUGAACAUAAAAGCCGAAUACAGUCUCCCUGAAACUUGCACGAAUAGAGUCUUGCAGUCAGCAGGAGGGAUGCUACCGCGUGAUCAUACCCUUCCUGAUUCAUAUUACCACAUGAAGCAGUUAAUGUCUAAGUUGGGGCUACCUUGUGUCGAAAUUGAUGCGUGCCCAAAAGGAUGCAUGUUGUUCUGGAAGGAGGAUGAGACACUUGAGUUCUGCAAGUUCUGUGGUGGAAACAGAUACAAAAAUGUUCCUCAAAGUAAAAAGAAACUCCGACAAAGGUCGGCACUGUCUAAACUAUAUUACCUCCCAAUAGCUCCUCGACUGCAGAGGAUGUACGCUUCGACUGCUACUGCGAAACACAUGACAUGGCAUGUUGAGCACGAAACUAAUGAGAGUAUGAUGGCUCACCCUUCGGACUAAAUCCGUGACUAACGCUGUGUUUUUUUGUAGUGCGAUCACCGACGUCCACCCCGGUGACCGGCUCCCAUACUCCGUCGUCCUUGGUGAUCCAUUAGGACUGUAUAUUUACUGCCCUGCCCUUCCCUGCCUCCACGAAUCACACGAACACUUCAAAAUUCAAAUUGAAUCACUAGUGCAGAAAACAGACGCAGA